CAAGAACCCUAAACCUUCUGGCCCGUAUCCCUGCGUGGCAUCAACUUUACCACGAACCCUAAACCUUCUGGCCCGUAUCCCUGCGUGGCAUCAACUUUACCACGAACCCUAAACCUUCUGGCCCGUAUCCCUGCGUGGCAUCAACUUUACCACGAACCCUAAACCUUCUGGCCCGUAUCCCUGCGUGGCAUCAACUGUACCACGAACCCUAAACCUUCUGGCCCAUAUCCCUGCAUGGCAUCAACUGUACCACGAACCCUAAACCUUCUGGCCCAUAUCCCUGCAUGGCAUCAACUGUACCACGAACCCUAAACCUUCUGGCCCAUAUCCCUGCAUGGCAUCAACUGUACCACGAACCCUAAACCUUCUGGCCCAUAUCCCUGCAUGGCAUCAACUGUACCACGAACCCUAAACCUUCUGGCCCAUAUCCCUGCAUGGCAUCAACUGUACCACGAACCCUAAACCUUCUGGCCCAUAUCCCUGCAUGGCAUCAACUGUACCACGAACCCUAAACCUUCUGGCCCGUAUCCCUGCAUGGCAUCAACUGUACCACGAACCCUAAACCUUCUGGCCCGUAUCCCUGCAUGGCAUCAACUGUACCACGAACCCUAAACCUUCUGGCCCAUAUCCCUGCGUGGCAUCAACUGUACCACGAAACCAUGCUGAAGUAGCAAAGUGGAUAUCCACGGUUAUAAACACAGGGUCGCUACAGGGAUUGUUAUUUCUGGUGGUAAUAAUAUUGUAUGAGGGAGGAGGGUGUGCACACUGUUUCACAGGACAAGGAGGAGGUCUGAGUCGACCCAGUAAAUGUUGUGGCAACUCAACCUGUUUUUCUUUCCAUCAGAAAGUUCCAGGAAAAUUCAAAAAACUGUUUUUGGAACUGGAGAUGUUGACAGACCCCUCUCUCAACCACAAAGCCUACAGGGACACUUUCAAAAAGACCAAGACGCCCAAGAUCCCUUUCCUUCCUCUGCUACUGAAAGAUAUCACUUUCAUUCACGAGGGCAACAAAACGUUUCUCGAUAACCUGGUGAAUUUUGAAAAGCUGCACAUGAUAGCCGACACGGUGCGUCUCAUCAGACACUGUCAGGAGGAUCACAUGGGGAACGGGAUGCCCCAGAAGAGCAGUCCGGAGGUGCAGGCCUAUGUCGACUACCUUCACGUCAUUGACAAUCAGCAGACUCUGUUUGAACUGUCCCACAGACUGGAACCCCGUGUGUAGAUAGACCACAUACACUCUCUGAGCCUGCCUCCCUCCACCCCUCGAAGUCAGACCACCAAGGAGAAGGGUACCAACUAGUCUCUGGAAACACCCCUCAGGAUCCCUCAGGACUCUACAGAGCCCAGCUCUAACACACACACACACACACACACACACACACACACACACACACACACACACACACACACACACACACACACACACACACACACACACACACACAGGAUUAUAUUAAUCAGCUGCUCACACAGCAGGACUUUGAUGAGUUGAAUUAGGUGGGUUAAUGCAGGACUGGAACAAAAGCCAGAGGGAUAGGGUUGGCCAGAGUCGACAGAGAGAUGACUGUGUGGCGCUGGCCAACCACUAGAUGGCGCCAAAAGGCAUACUGGAAUACUGAGCAACGAUGGAGCAGAGGUAACCAAAGAGCUUCUCAGUUUAACAAAUAGAUCUGGACCCGUAUUGAUCACAGGAUCCCAGAGUAGGAGUGCUGAUCUAGGAUUUGUUUAGCCUUUUGGAUCACAAUGAAUGGUCAGGGACCUAGAUCAGCACUCCUACUCAGUGAUGUCCUGGUAGAUUAAUAGGUGGAUGAACUUGGAUUGCUGGUCGCAGUGAAAAAGUAACGCUUCCUAUUCUUUCAAUGCAUUUUUCUGCAAAAUGUGGGUACAUUGUUGGGGCCCUCCCCCCAAAAAGGUGGGUACAUUGUUGGGGCCCUCCCUCCAAAAAGGUGGUUACAUUGCUGGGGCCCUCCCCCCAAAAUGUGGGUACAUUGCGUUUACCCGCCACUACACCAGUGAUCCUACUCUGAGACGCUUUAUGAAUAUGGACCCUGCUUCAGUCACUCUGUAUUGAUAGCUUCAGGUUGUUGUUAUCUGCUUCCAAACAGGUGACCACUCCCUGAUUAUCUAUCUACACACAAUGAAUGAAAGCAUCAACCUUCUGGGGACUUGAACACCAGGACACUACACUUGACAGACCUCCAGUGCAUGACCACCACACACUGGACUGCUGUUAAGCUAAAUGUAUUUAAACAACAAUAUUGAAGUGUGUGUGUGUGUGUGUGUGUGUGUGUGUGUUGCAUAAAUGUCACUUCCAAAUACUGAAAAAAAGAUAAUUCAAAAUGUUUCUGAGUAAAGUGUGAGGUAAUAAAACCUUCCUCGACAGCAGAAGGGUUUUGUUACAGUUAUAGAUAAUGUAAUAAACCAUCCCCAACAGUAGAAGGGUUUUGUUACAGUUAUAGAUAAUGUAAUAAACCAUUCUCAACAGCAGAAGGGUUUUGUUACAGUUAUAGAUAAUGUAAUAAACCAUCCCCAACAGUAGAAGGGUUUUGUUACAGUUAUAGAUAAUGUAAUAAACCAUUCUCAACAGCAGAAGGGUUUUGUUACAGUUAUAGAUAAUGUAAUAAACCAUCCUCAACAGUAGAAGGGUUUUGUUACAGUUAUAGAUAAUGUAACAAACCAUUCUCAACAGUAGAAGGGUUAUGUUACAGUUACAGAUCAUGUAAUAAACCAUCAGCAACAGUAGAAGGGUUAUGUUAUAGAUAAUGUAAUAAACCAUUCUCAACAGUAGAAGGGUUUUGUUACAGUUACAGAUAAUGUAAUAAACCAUUCUCAACAGUAGAAGGGUUAUGUUAUAGAUAAUGUAAUAAACCAUUCUCAACAGUAGAAGGGUUAUGUUACAGUUACAGAUUAUGUAAUAAACCAUCCUCAACAGUAGAAGGGUUAUGUUACAGUUACAAAUAAUGUAAUAAACCAUUCUCAACAGUAGAAGGGUUAUGUUACCGUUAUAGAUCAUGUAAUAAACCAUCAGCAACAGUAGAAGGGUUAUGUUAUAGAUAAUGUAAUAAACCAUUCUCAACAGUAGAAGGGUUUUGUUACAGUUACAGAUAAUGUAAUAAACCAUUCUCAACAGUAGAAGGGUUAUGUUACAGUUACAGAUCAUGUAAUAAACCAUCAGCAACAGUAGAAGGGUUAUGUUAUAGAUAAUGUAAUAAACCAUUCUCAACAGUAGAAGGGUUAUGUUACAGUUACAGAUCAUGUAAUAAACCAUCAGCAACAGUAGAAGGGUUAUGUUAUAGAUAAUGUAAUAAACCAUUCUCAACAGUAGAAGGGUUUUGUUACAGUUAUAGAUAAUGUAAUAAACCAUUCUCAACAGUAGAAGGGUUUUGUUACAGUUACAGAUAAUGUAAUAAACCAUUCUCAACAGUAGAAGGGUUUUGUUACAGUUACAAAUAAUGUAAUAAACCAUUCUUAACAGCAGAAGGGUUUUGUUACAGUUAUAGAUAAUGUAAUAAACCAUCCACAGUUAUGGACUUAGCUGGUGGACUUAGAUGUUUGGUCUUAGCUGUGGACAAUCAGAGACGAAGCUUGAGGCAUCAGAUCCUUUGCCUGUCAUGUCUCUGUAUCUGCACUAUGAAGAAACAGCAAUACACCAAGUCAACACUUCUGCCUUUAAACAUUCUUGUCCAGUUAAAACGCCUUUGCCUUUUUCUUUCAGUGGCAGUAUUAGUUCAUCUUAUAGAAAUGGCUAAUAAACUGUACAUGUCUAUGAGCCAUCCACCUGCAGGAUGUUGUAUCCUGUUCUAGAGAAUCCUCUUGGUGAAUGUUUCAGUGGUUUAGAAAAGAGAUCAGACCCUGAUAUAGAGGUUCUUCAGUAGCACCACCAGUUCUCCUGUUGUGGAUUCCCCUAACGUGUGUAUCACAGAGGUGAAACACUUCUAUAUCUAUGGUGUGUAUGGUGUUUUGAGGCAGGUCAUGUACUAUAGAUUCCAUCUAUAUACUGUAGUAUGUUGUGCGUUCCCUGGUUGGACAUGGAGAUUGAAGAAGUAUUUAUUAUUAUGAUAAUAGACUUAUUUAUUUGCUCGUUGUGCACUACUUUUGACCAGGUAGUGUACUAUGUAGGGAAUAGGGUAUCAUUUCUGUCCUUUUUACCUGCCGUGGGGUUCCAAUAGGUUAGGAACUGGUCUGCAUGAUGUGGUAAAGCCAUGGAUCGACCACCAAGUAAAAUAUGCAUGUAACAAAAAGCAUUUCCUUGUGAAGUAGUGGUUUUCUACAUGUCGCUACAACGCCCAAAUCAGCAUGUACUAACAAAUAUUAUUUCAGAAAUGGAAACAAAAGCAAUACCAAGUCACUGCUCUUCUCUCUCAUCAGUCUUUAUGCGUUUAAUUUCUUACAGUCCUUUUGAAAUGUUAAAUAAUAAAUGAAAUGUUUUGUUGUAUGAA